AUGUUGCAACGUGCGGCGGCAAGUCGCGGUGAUUUACCAGCAUUUACGGUGGGAGACUAUGUGAUGGUGGCACGUGUCCGUCGCAGCGGAAUCACGCCCAAAUUGUCCUCUACUUGGACUGGUCCUUGGCGCGUGGUAUCGGCCGCUAAAAAGCACGUUUACGGUGUUCAGAACAUCGUUAAUGGGCAGGUCCGCGAUGUCCAUGUGGCUCGUCUGCGGUUCUACGCCGAUUCGGAACUGAACGUCACAUCCGAUCUCAAAGACGUGUUCCAACACUCUUUCGGGCAAGGCGAACAUGAAAUGGAAUCUAUUCUCAACAUUGGACCAGCUCAUGAUGGAUCGGGAUAUCUUGUUCGUGUGCGGUGGGCUGGGUUCGAGGAGGACGAAGACACUUGGCAACCACUUUCGGAUAUUUACCAGGAUGCGCCGCAGUUUUUGAAGCAAGAGUUGCGCAAGAUGAAGCUAUCCAAGGAAGUCAAGGACAACAUAAAAAAGGAAUAUGGUAUCGUUUUUUAACGGCCAAAUGAGUUGAAGUUGCGUGGAAAAGGGCGAGGAAAUCUUACUACCGCAAGAUAGCAUUGUUCAUUUAUAUGUUUGUCUUGGUUUUUGUAGUUGUUUCUGAAGACGCCAUCACACAGUAUAGACUAAUGAUGAAAUAAUUAGUAACACGAAAUCAGGCGAAUAUGGUGUUUAGUGUAAACAAACGCGUUAGGAUUGAAUAAAAUUUUAGCGUGUGAUUAUGUGGUUUCGCAUCAUUUAGUAUGUGCCUACCAUUGUUUUGUCAAGCACAUAGUGUCUACGAUUGGAAUGUAGUAUGCGCUUUGGGGGCAUUGUGGACAUUGGCCGUGGUAGUCACAGUGUAGGAAGGUUCUACGGAGAUCUUGGGGACUCCGUGUGUGAAGAUAUCACAGGGGCCAUACCCUGUGUGUGAGGAUUGUGUGGACUCUCCGUCUUGUGUUCCACUCCUCCUAUCUUGUGAUCGAUGAUAUAAUACAAGUGAAGAAACAAACAUCACCAGCCCCUUGGGGGAAAGGAGUCCUGGUGGCUCGAGGACAACUCCAACUG